AUGGAACUUACACAACGAUACUCAACCUCGAAUGGUGUUGUUCACUGGGACAGGUUUGGCUCUGGUCCACCACUAGUGUUCAACCACGGCACACCCUUCAGCUCCUUUGUCUGGCGAGACAUGGCAGAGUCUAUGUCGGACCAGUAUACAGUCUAUCUAUGGGAUAUGCUGGGAUACGGCCAAUCGGAGAAGCGUGAAGGUCAAAUAGUCUCUCUGGACGCCCAAGGCGCGCUCUUCGCAGAGCUGUUACAGUUCUGGAUGCGCGACCACAACUCCCAGCUGCCUAUUCUGAUUGCGCACGACUUUGGGGGAGCUGUUGCAUUGCGGGCUCGUCUGCUUCACGGUGCUCAGUAUAAAGCUCUAGCCUUGGUUGAUCCGGUUGCUGGUCCUCCCCUCGGCUCACCGUUGUUUCAUUUAAUCCACGACAAUUCACAUAUUUUCACGCAGCUGCCGCCAAAAAUCCACAAAGCACUCGUAUACGAGUACAUAUCCUCAGCGAGUGCCCAAACCUUGCACCCAACAGCUCUCGAUACCCUGGCAGCGCCGUGGCUUACACCCGAGGGCCAACCAGCAUUCUACAGACAGAUAGCACAGCAUGAGUUGAAGUUUACGGAAGAGAUCCAACCGAAAUUCGGCGAGCUGGCGGAUAUUCCCGUCAUGCUAUGUUGGGGAACCGAUGAUACCUGGAUCCCCAUUGAGUUGGGCCGCAAGCUUGCGUCUCGCAUUCCGAAUGUUCGGUUCAGGGAAAUCCAAGGCGCUGGACACCUUGUUUCAUUGGACAAACCUGCGCAACUAAUGGCUCAUCUAAUGACGUUUUUGGGGACCUUGGGAUAG